AUGGAAAGGAGCCUAGGAUCCACGCGACUUCAACCCUAGUCAGAUCCGAUUCAACCACGGUUAAUUUCCAUAUCAUCACAGCUCUACACGUGUCAUAAAUCAACGGUCACCAACAUAAUUUCCAUUUUCAGAUUCACCGUUUUAGAAAUUAAAUCCUCUCUAUAAGAACCUCUCCAAAAACCCUAAUUUGUCAUCAUCACUUUCACAAUCUUCUUCAUCGAUUUCUCUCUUCCAAAUCUCCCAAAAGAUGUCGAACCCUAGAGUUUUCUUCGACAUGAGUCUCAGCGGUACUCCCAUCGGACGGAUCGAGAUGGAGCUUUUCGCUGAUACAACCCCAAACACGGCGGAGAAUUUCCGUGCUCUCUGUACCGGCGAGAAAGGAAUGGGAAAGCUAGGUAAGCCACUUCACUUCAAAGGAUCGAUCUUCCACCGUGUGAUUCCCGGAUUCAUGUGUCAAGGAGGUGAUUUCACCGCCAAGAACGGAACCGGUGGUGAAUCGAUCUACGGUGCUAAGUUCAAGGACGAGAACUUUAUCAAGAAGCAUACAGGAGCUGGGAUUCUCUCAAUGGCUAACUCUGGUCCUAACACUAACGGAUCUCAGUUCUUCAUCUGUACCGAUAAGACGUCGUGGUUAGAUGGUAAGCACGUUGUGUUUGGACAAGUUGUUAAAGGCUUGGACGUCGUGAAGGCGAUUGAGAAAGUUGGAUCUGAUUCUGGAAAGACUUCCAAAGUCGUUACCAUCACUGAUUGUGGUCAGCUUUCUUAGAUCUGAGUGAGAAAGUGAGAGACUUUGAUCUUUAUGAGUAAUAAUGGUGUCUUUUGCUUUCGGUUGUUCUUCCUCUUACCUUAAUGGAUUAUUCUGUUUAGGGUUUGAGUUUUCGUUUCAGAGUUUGUAACAAAACCCUUUUGUGUUUUCUGGGGUUUGAAAUAAUUAUGAGCUUACCCAAUUGCUUCUUUGUGUUUUUGCUUCUAUGAACAAGUAGUAACUGAUUCGUCUUCUGAUUCUUCAACUGAAUCGUGAAUCUUGUAAGACUGACUAGAAAAAAGAAGACUUUGUUACACGCAAAUCUGUUUAACAGGAAAAAAAAUACAAUCUUUUUGAGGAGAUGA